AUGCUGGAGACUUCAGAAGAGUACAAGAAGCUAUUAGAAUAUCGAAAAUCGGGCAAAUAUGUUCCACCAUCUAAAUUGAGGGCCCUUCAGGAAUCAAUAACGAAUACAUUAGACUCAUCAAAUGAGGAAUAUCAAAAGAUUAAAUGGGAAGAAUUAAAAAAAUCUAUAAAUGGACAGAUAAACAAACUAAAUAAGAGUAAUAUAAAGGAAGUGGUCCUUGAAUUGUUUAAAUUGAAUAUUGUAAGAGCCAAAGGUGUCUUGGUUAGAUAUCUCAUGAAGGCACAACUCACAGAUGUGAUAUUUACUCCAAUAUAUGCAUCAUUGAUAGCAGUUAUAAACUCUAAGAUCCCAGAAAUAGGGGAGUUACUUGCAUCAAGAUUAGUUUUACAGUUCAGGAGAGCUUUUAUGAAAGAUGACAAAAAUUUAUGUCUUUCUUCAACCAACUUUAUUGGCCACUUGGUAAACGUUGAAGUAAUCAGUGAAAUUUUAAUACUACAGAUAUUACAGUUGCUCCUAGAAAAGCCCACGGAUGAUUCUGUAGAAAUUUCUAUCGCGAUGAUAAAAGUUGUGGGCAGCUAUAUGAGCAUCCAUUCAAAGGUGGCUACACAAAUGAUUUUUGAACGCUUACGAGGUUUACUUCAUGACGAUGCUGAUUUGAGCGAGAGGACACAGUUCUUGAUAACAGAGAUCUUAAAGAUCAAGCGGGGAGACUUUAAGGACUAUCCAGCAGUCGAAAAGGAACUAGACUUAGUCGAAUCUGAUGACCAAAACACCCAUGUUAUAGAAUUGGAUCAAUCGCUAAAGUCUCUUGAUGCUCUAAAUUUAUUCCAGUUUGAUAAUGAUUAUGAACACAACGAAGCUGAAUAUGACAACAUUAAGCAGGACAUAUUAGGGGGUUCAGACGAGGAAGACGAGGAGAGUGAUGUGGAAAAUGAAGAACAAGAAGAACAGAAAGCAGAUGAGCUUCUUGAAAUAAAAGACAUGACUGAGUCAAACAUGCUUGAAUUUCAAAAAACUGUUUAUUUGACUAUGAUGUCUAGCAUGUCUGCAGAUGAAGCUGUCCAUAAGCUACUCAGAUUAAAUCGUGAAAAGCGUCACGUUGAAUCCAACGAUGAGAUAUUAGUUGACAUGAUCAUAAAGUGCUGCUCACAAGAGAAAACUUAUUCAAAAUAUUUCGGCACAGUUGGAGACAGGCUUAUUUCGAUGGGUAGGCAAUGGCACAAUGUAUUUGUCAAGCAGUUUAAGCACUACUACUCUAUAAUACAUCAAUUCGAAACGAAUGCGUUAAGAAACAUUGGUAAAUUCUUUGGACACUUAUUUGCUUCAGAUAAAUUAGCCAUCGAUAAAGCCUGGGAUGAGAUUGUAAUGACACAGACGGAAACAAACUCUGCUUCACGAGUAUUUCUCAAGUUCAUAUUUCAAGAGAUGGUAGAGGAACUAGGAAUAAACGAAGUUAAGGCUCGAGUUCUUGAAGACGAGUAUGUAAGAGAAAGAAUAACAGGAUUAUUUCCUGUGAUCGAAGCUACAUACGAAGACGCAGAUCAUCUUCGUUUCUCUAUCAAUUUUUUCACAGCCAUUGGUCUUGGUAUAUUAACUGAAGAAAUGAGAGCUGUCUUGAACGAUCUUCCUCCCCCUCCUAGAGGUCGCUCCCGUAGCAGGGGAUCUAGCAUAUCGAGCAGAUCGGAAAGCGGUAGCUAUAGCAGGUCCAGUAGUGGUAGCUAUAGUAGGUCAAGCAGCGGUAGUAGAGCAAGCUCACAAAGUCGUUCUGAGACAAUUAAUACACGUGAUUAA